AUGGAUCUCGCGUAUUCGCCAUUUCUUUCAUUUUCCGCGAGGAUCGCAGACGGCCUCAAUCUCUUCAAGCUUAUUGUGGACCAUGAAAGCCCGAUUUCGUCUCAGAAGCUGGCAUCCAUUUCAAAAGGCGAGGAGCUGUUGAUUGGGCGUAUCCUGAGGGCUCUGGCUUCCAUUGGCUCUGUGGACGAGGUUGGCCCUCAGAAAUGGCAACCUACGGCUAUCACCAGGGCCAUGGCGAAGGAGGAGAUCGCGGCCGGGCACCGAACUUGUGGAAACACGAUCGUGGAGGCUGGACAAAAAGCAUCCAAGUACUUUAGCGAGGCCGGGUACCGCUGCCCGACAGAUCCUCGUGACAGCCUCAUGCAGUACGCAUUCCAGACGAAAUUGACGACCUUCGAAUACAUGAGCUCGAUCCCUCGGGUCUUGAAGGAUUUCAACACCUUCAUGGGCAACACGAUGGGCGCGAGGAAGUACUGGACUGACUGGUACCCGGUCAAGGAGCGCCUGCUUGAUGGGUCGAACGAGACGUCGCCUUUUUUGGUGGACGUGGGCGGUGGUAAAGGCCAUGAUGUUCUCGAAUUCCAAGCUAAAUACCCGCAGAAGGGGAGGCGUCUUGUCCUCCAGGACUUAUCCCCCGUUACCAGUGAUCUUGCAGAUCUUGGUCCUGGUAUUGAACGCAUGACUUAUGACUUCUUCACUGAGCAGCCUGUGCAAGGUGCACGAGCGUAUUUUUAUCAUCAUAUACUCCACGACUGGCCCGACUCGUACUGCUUGAAGAUCUUGGAGCAGGUCAGAAAGUCCAUGACGCUUGGGUACUCAAAGCUCAUCAUUCACGAGUUGGUCCUUCCAGAGCAGAAUGCUGACAAGACUUCUGCCGUCUUCGACCUGGCCAUGAUGGCUUUCAAUGCUGGCAUGGAGCGCACGGGGACACAAUGGAGGGAACUGCUUGGGCAGGCUGGUUUCCAGAACGUCAGGGUCUGGACAGCCCCUGAAGUAGGGGCAGAUGGUGUCAUUGAAGCAAUGAUCGAGGAGUAA